GGGGCGGCAGUCGGGGCCGAGCGGCGGCAGCAUGCGGGCGGCCGGCCGGGAGGCGGUGGGCAUCCUCUGCCUGGUGUCGGUGGCGGCCGCGCUGGAUUUCAAGUACCACCACGCCGAGGAGCUGGAGGCGUACCUGAAGGAGGUUCAUGCCGCCUACCCUUCCCUCACCCACUUGCACAGCAUCGGGCGCUCGGUGGAAGGUAGAGACCUGUGGGUUCUUGUUCUGGGAAGGUUUCCAACCCAUCAUAAGAUUGGCAUUCCAGAGUUCAAGUAUGUUGCUAAUAUGCAUGGGGAUGAGACUGUUGGAAGAGAAAUUCUGCUCCAUUUGAUCGACUUCCUGGUGACCAGCUACAGACGUGACCCAGUUAUUACCCGGUUACUCAAUAAUACCCGGAUUCAUAUCAUGCCAACGAUGAACCCUGAUGGAUUUGAAGCUACAAAAGUGCCUGAUUGUUAUUACACACGAGGAAGGUACAAUAAGAAUGGAGAAGAUCUGAACAGAAAUUUUCCUGAUGCCUUUGAAACUAACAACGCCAGCAUUCAGCCAGAGACUCAAGCAGUAAUGAACUGGAUAAAAAAUGAAACAUUUGUCCUUUCAGCAAACUUGCACGGGGGUGCCCUGGUUGCCAGUUACACCUUUGAUAAUGGUAACUUAGUUACCGGCACUUCGAACGGCUACAGCAGGUCUCCAGAUGACGACGUCUUUAUUCAUCUGGCAAAAACCUAUUCUUUCAACCAUGCCAGCAUGUACAAAGGCACUGGGUGUGACAGCAGACAAACCUUUCCAGAAGGCAUUACCAACGGGUAUUCUUGGUACCAGCUGGAGGGUGGAAUGCAAGAUUACAACUAUGUCUGGGGACAAUGUUUUGAAAUUACAUUGGAGCUGUCAUGCUGUAAAUAUCCUCCAGAAGACCAGCUGGAAAAAUUCUGGAGAGACAACAAAGUUGCUCUGAUAGAAUAUAUAAAACAAGUGCAUCUAGGUGUCAAGGGCCAAGUUACGGAUAAGAACGGGGAUCCAAUUCCCAAUGCCAUCGUGGAAGCCAAAGGAAGGCCUCACAUCUGCCCCUACCGAACAAAUGGACAAGGGGAGUACUUUCUUCUCCUUUUGCCUGGGACAUAUGUGAUCAAUGCUACUGUACCAGGAUAUAAAUCCAUGCUGAAGACAGUGGAAAUACCUGACAAUACUGGUAACUUCAGCGCUUUGAAACAAGACUUCUCUUUCUCAGAAGUCUCUGUCAGACCACGAGCUGUUUCCUGUCCCAAAAUUGCCCUCUACCAAGAGCCCUACUGGAUUUCAGCUGCAGGAAAACCAACUCUACAUGUCUUGGUUUUAAUGACUGUUAUGCUUGUGAUUUUCAAAUAAAGGCAGGAAUGACAGGAGCUGGCAAGGCAAAUUCUUCCUGCACAAACAUGGCUUUUCAGGCAAGGAAUUGUAUAUGCAAAAGAAUGUAUGUUUUUAUAAACCAAAGUCUCAGAUUUACAAUCAUGUUUAGUGUAUUUUGUAAAAUACUGGCUUGACAAUCCAAAUGUUUUACUUUAAUUACAACAGACUAUUGUAUUUUUCUACAUAAGCAUGUUACUCUUAAAGAAAUUCUCUCCAGCCUAUGGAGAUAACUACAGCAUUUUGAUGCAGAAAGUACAAAUAGAUUCUGAAGAAUUUGCUGGAGUUCAAAAAAGUCUAGGAUUGUGCUGCAAAUGUUUGAUGCAAACUCAGGUUCCUCGUUAAAUGAACAGCUCCCGUGCCACACAACUGUAAGCCAUUAGUGCAAUCCCAGUUUCUCAUAAUAAAGCCAUUACUAUA